AUGGUGCUCAAGUCCGGGAAGCUUGAAAAGGUAGUCAACCAGCAGGUGUUUCAAGGCGCCAAGUCCAAAGUAAUUCCACUGAACGAGUUCACGGUGUCCAUGCUCGACGAGCGCAAGGUCCACCGCAAGUACUGCUUUCAACUGACGGGGAAGCAAAAGCAAAAGAACAAAAUAUUUGCGUGUUCGAACGAUCGCGAGUGCCGGGAAUGGGUCGCCGCUCUUUUGAACCCGCACGUCGCCAAGCCAUCGAACCAAGUCGACGACAACGACAGCGAAGAAAAUGCAGCGGUCCGCCGAGCGAAAGCUGCCUUUGCCAAGGUUGAUGCAGGGAACACCGGCGCGAUCGACAGCGCGCGCCUCCAUGAGCUCCUCGACACGAUGUCCUUUCAACAUAUGCACACGGGGUGGCAAGUCGACCAGCUUGGCGCGAUCCAGCUCGCGUUGGACCCGAACAAAACAGGGAAAAUCCCACGGGACCUGUUUGCGACGUGGGCUCGAGCGCAUUUUGACGACUCGUUCAAGCCAGCGGCUCCUCCAGCGGCCAGCACGUUGCCAGCUCCCUCCAAACCUAGCGACGUCACCGACUGGAACGGCAUGUACUGGGAGCUCCUCCAGUCGGACUCUCCCGUCGUUCCCAAAGGCUUGAGCAUGUCCCACAUGAUGAAAGAGUUCCGCGACGCAGCGGACUCGUUUGCCCAAAGUGUCGUGGAUAACUUGGUCGUCCAUCCAACACCAUCGUCAACCGUCGACGUCCACUCUGCGAAGCGUAGCCUCGUCGGCUACCCGGACUGCGCUCUGUUUGCCGCCAACGGACUCUACGCAGUCGUGUACCAUCCGUCGACGCAACAGGUCGUCAAGUCUCUCGGACAUGACAUUCGAAGCAGCCGGGUCGUGCUGACGGCGUUGGAUGCGGUCGAUGGGGCUGCUACAGAUCUCGCCGUUCCCGUUCAAUGCGUUGUCGACUACAUGGGGGUCCGCGUCUUGGUUGUGGCAGAGCUCUUCCAGGCGAGGACGUGCGAAGUCGCGCCAGACACCCACGCGGCGGCCUCCCUUCGCCGCGUGCUGCAUCACUUACACAUGUGUGAUCUCGACAACAACGUGGCCGACAUUUUGCCCGUGGACGUCCACCUCGUGCAAUGCAAUGGCCGCCUCGUCCUGACCAAGCUGCGCCACUUGUGCGCGCCGGACGUUCUCCAUGAACUGGACGACGGCAGCGUCGACGCUCCAACACAGCACCACUUGGCUGCGCUCACGUCGUGGAAGCUCCGCCCCGAGUACAUCCGUCAGUACCACACGCCAUUGCACUCGAACGUGUACCGUGGCCGGUUGUCCCCCGUGCAGGACAACAUUGUCGCAUGUGCGAGCCACUACAUGCAAAUGUCGAUCCUUCCAGCUUGUGUCCAUCGGCUGGAGUCGACAAAGCCGUGUCAAUGCGGGAGCCGUCUCAUCGAUUCCGGGGCCUUUACUGCCAUGCUACAUGCCGACGGGAUCAAUAUGCGGUACCUAGGUCGAAUCUACGAACUCGCCACACUCAAACAUGUCCGCCGCCUCGUCCUGUCCGAGAUGGUGGCCCGCGUGGCCAAGGUGCUCCUGCGCGCGAUGCUUCGUGAGGCUCCGACGCAAUGGCGGCCGUUAGUUGUCGAUCUGUUCAACGUGUUGUGCGGCGCAGGCUCGGAAAGCGCUGCCUUUUAUGCCAACGAAAUCGAGCCCACACUCGACCUCAAGUUUGGCGUGAUCAAAUCCAACCUGCGGCAUGAAUUGCACAUGCCGCAGCUCUUCCUGGCUCUCCAGUACCACACGGGCGUGCAGUUUGAAACAACGGUGUCGUACGUGCCGUUGCUUGACCAAGUGAGCCAUCCGUUUCGUGCGCAGAACGUCCUGGCCAUCAAGUCGACCGUGUCGUUGGCAUGCUCGACGACCACCGCAUGCCUGGAUAUGAUCCACCAGGGCAGUACCCUCCACGACGACAUGACGGAUGAGGAAGUCGACGCUUGUCUAACCAACAUCAAGCUCGCGCUCGCAAUCGAACAAGCUUGUCCCACGGAUUCUCGCCACGUGCGCCUGUGCCACCUCCUCGUACAAGCAGCCGAAGUCAGCGUCCGCGUCGGCGCAGCGGACGAUGCCGACACGUUCGCGUCCCUGGCGUUGGAGGAAGGACCUGUUGGGCAUGCCGUGCUGUCGCGCGCGCACGUUGUGCUCAUGCAACUGCAUCAUGCCAAGCAAGAUAUGCAGAGCGCACUGCGCGAGUUUGACAAAGCCAUCGAGACUGCCACGUGGCACGUCGGGCCGUGCCAUCCCUUCAUUUUGACUGUCCUCCUGUCCCUGGUAAACAUUUGGGUCGACCGGCAGGACUGGCUCAAAGCGCUCGACAUUCUCGAGCAGUGCACUACCGUUGUGAAAGAAGCGUACGGGCGCUACACGCUCCAAUUUGCCCAGCACCGGUGCCAGCAAGCCGAGCUCUUGCGCUUGGUCGGCAACCUUGACCAAGCUAUCAGCAUGUACGAAGACGCACUUGCCAUCUACGAAGAAGACUCGACGUGCGUUGUCAAGAGCGCCGACUGCUGCUCGGCCAUGACGGCCAUUUUGCUCGAACUGCCAUCGUUGCAACCUGCAUUCAACAUGGCGAUGAAAGCACACGAGCUACGUGUGGCGUCAGCAGACAACGACGCCAUCUUGGCGUCGUGGAUGCAGCUUGGCGCGUGCUCGAAAGCCCUCAAGGACGACUUUCGCGCGAUCGAGUACUACAAGUCGGCGCUCGCGGUGGCCAAGGCGAAUCAAGCGACGAUUUCAAAUGCCGUUCAGUGCAUCCAGGACAUUUCCCGCGAACUCUUGGCCCUCGUGUUUCAAACGCUCUCCCCGGACGCCAAGCAGUGCGUUAGCAAGGUCAACCGCAAGGACAAGCCGGUGUCGAGUGAACUGUUGGCGUUCGUUGUGGCGCAGCUGUACGCGCUGGACGUGCCUCAGUACCUCGACCUGCUGUUUCAAGAUCUCUUGCGCGACUCUGGCACUCCGUCGGCGCCCAUGUUUGACCAAUUCUCGAGCGACAUGCAGCUCCGUGCGGCGCAGAAGCUGCUUGACCUUUGA